AUGGCGACAAAUGACCCUGCUUUGGAGGUCUUCCAUGAAGCACAAACGUCGUUCCGUAACAAUCUGAAAGAUCCCGACUUAUACAGCGAGAUCCUCGCCUCAAAUACUAUCAGUGACGUUUACAAUGCCACAAACAAGCUUCAAGAAGAGGCUGCAAGAAAGGGAGCCGGGGUCAUUGAAGCUUUUCUUCAAGUAAAGCCCGAGCUGGCGCUGAUCUGGGGUCCGGUCAAGCUGCUCUUGCUGUGGUCUAGCCAACUCUCCAUCGCCUUUGACAAGGUGGCAGACACGAUGGUCAAAGUCGGCUAUGCCCUCCCGCAGUUUGCCACGGUUUUAGGGGUUUUUGAGUGGAGCGAUGCGAUCCGCGCCGCUCUGGCACUGUUUUAUGGGGAUCUUCUCGAUUUUUACCGAGUCAACCUCGACUUUUUCCGAAAGCACCGUGACUACCAAAAGAAGCUGGAUGUGGUAGUUGGCAAUAUCGAGCUGCAUGCGACCUUGUUGAGAAACAAAGUCACGCUUGUCGACGUCACAGAGGCCCAACAAGCUCGCACAAAGUCGCUUGAGCAAUUCGCGGCGAUCCAGACACUGCAGAACCGGCAGCGCUACACGGGCCUGAAGGGGCAGAUCGCCCCCGCAUCGUUCGACGAACGAUUAGACUGGAUCCGGAACCGGUCCGUUCCUGGCUGUGCAAAAUGGCUGUUUCAGGAUGCUUCGUACAAGAAGUGGUCGGAUGCUAUGCCGCCCCCCGCCAAUCCAUGGCUCUGGCUGCAGGGCAUGCCAGGGGCGGGAAAGUCAUACCUGUGCGCGGCCGCAGUGGCGCGGACUCGCGAAACCGAUCAGCGAUGUCUAUUCGCAGUGAUCAGCCACUCGGCAAAGGAUACCUCGACGGCCCUCAGGGUGCUGCAGUCCAUGCUUUUCCAGGCUGCCGACGAGGAACCGGACCUGCAAGCCGUGCUUCUGGAGGCCAAAGAACGCGAUUUGCGCGGGAGCACACUGCAGGUAACUGAGCUUUUGAAGACCUAUCUUCGAACGGCCGACCAGACACAGGUCAUCGUCGAUGGAUUGGAUGAGAUGGAGGAGUACGAGCGACAGGUGCUGCUCGAGCGAUUGGAGGACUUCACCAAGGAGUGUCCCGGAGUGCGCAUCCUGAUCAGCAGUCGCCCGGAGGGGGAUAUCUCCCGGAGACUCGAGAACAAGGCUCUUACCAUUAAGGUCAAUGAUCGGAAUGCGGGCAGCAUCCAGCAUUACAUCAAUCACCGCGCUCGAGACUGGAUUGAUAGCCUGGGCUGCGACCCCGCCAUGAGAACUGAAAUUGGCUUUCUUUUGUCGCCGCUAGCGGCCAAGGCGAAAGGUCGGUUUGGCUGCGAGGUUGCCGUCCCAAACCCGUAUUUAUCCCAUAAGUACAGUAUCGUGCUAACUGAAAGUUGGGUCAUGUCUAGGUAUGUUUUUGUAUGCACGGAUCGUGUUGGACAAUUUACAGGGCAUUACUAGAAUCGACGACAUCUGUCGUGAACUCAGAGCCCUGCCCGAAGAUUUGGAUACUGCGUGAGUGACAUCUCCUUCCAUCUGAUUAUCUGUGGAAGACGAAGCCUGCCAUUCUCUGACUCCGCACGUGCCCAGGUAUCAUCGUAUUCUCCAAAG